UAUUUCCCCCCCUUCAAAUUUGUGUAAUUUUAUUUGUUGGCAAAUUUUCUCCUUUUCUCUUAAACCCUAACAACGACAGUGGGGGGCGAUGAAGACCGUCACCGGAAGUGUCGUUUCUUCGAAGCCGAUCUCUAUCUCCAAAGCGGCGUCCACCCUCUCCUCCUUCCUCUCCGUCGACAAUGGCGCUUCACAAGCGCUAUGUGCCUACCUGAGGCGCGCCUCCGCCUCUUUCAACGAGUUAAAGCAGCUCCACAAGGAGCUGAAGUCUUCGCGUUCCGUUCGGAAGCACCUGCAUCACGGAUCCGAGGUCUCAAACGAGUUAGAGGCUGCCUUAGAUAAUUCUUAUCGGGUUGAAGACGGCGAGAAGAAAAAAUCUUCAGUCUCUGAGAGGAAGAAGCGGCCAGAGAGUAGGAAUAAGCCGAGUGCUAGAGUUCAAUCUGAGGAUGAGCGGAUAUGGAAAACAACAAUGGAAAACGGUGGGAAUGGUAAACUCGAGGAUGUUUUAGGUGAAGAUGGAAAGAGAAAGGGUGGCGAAUUGAAGAUUGAAAUUGAAGAUAAACCUAACCGAAAAGUUGAGAUGGAUGUGGAAUCAAGUGAUAGAGAUAAGGGAGUAGUAGCAGUUGAGAAAAAGAGAAAAAAGCACAAGAAAAAGAACGAGGAUAAGCAUGGUAACAUUGAAGACGAUGAACGUGAUUCUGGAGCCAGGCUAAGUCAUAAUAAAUCGCAAAAUAGUGAUAAUAAUGGCAACAUUGAAGCUUCUGGGGAGUUCGUUGAGAACAACGUAGCAAGGGAAAAAGUUGAAAAGAAACAUGAGGACAAGAAGAGUUUGGGUGAUGAGAAGGAUCAAGUAAAGACUGAAGUUCAGAGAAGAAGAGACAUCGAGGAGGAAAAGGGGAUAAAUAAGGAUAAUGAUGAUGGAACAGAUAUUGUUGAUCUGUCGACCAAGAAGAAGAAGAAGAAGAAGAAGAAGAAAAGGGAAGAAGAUGUUGAUGAUUUUCAAAAUAACAGUGGAGGAGCUAUGGUGAACGAUGAAAUGCCAGUUUCAAAUAGCAAAGAGUUGAAAAGGAAAGAUAGGAAAAAGAGGAAGAAUCGAGAGUUAGGAGAAGAAGGGGGUGAUGAUGUGUCGGAAGAGAAACAGGGUACGAAGAGAAGAAAAGGAAAUUUAUGAGAGAAGAAAGGAUGAACUCUUAACUAUUCUUCUGGAUGAUUAUUCAUCAGAAGAAGUAUUUGUAUUGAAAGAUUCCAUAGGCUCACAGUUUUAUGAAAAGUCUGUUAAAUCCAAAGCUUCUGUUUACUAAUUGCGAUCAACGGAAAUUGUUUGAUGGUUCA